UUUAAAAAUCCCUCGGACGCAAGACGUACCUGUCAUACUUUAUCUCAGGAAAGCACCGCAUCAUUAGACACCAAAGAGCUACCGGUUUGCUUACACCAUCGAAAAUGAACUCCACAUCCAAAUCAAAUAUCCUUGUGGUAGGAUUCGGAGGGGUGGGCACAAUCUCAGCAUUCAAUUUGGAAGCCGGUGGUCUUGCAACCGUGACAGGCGUGCUCAGGUCAAACUACGACAUUGUCAAAGCUGAUGGAUUCAAAAUUUGGUCGAUUGAUCACGGUGAUAUUCCAUCAUGGAGGCCUUCUAAUAUUUCGAGAAAUGUUCCAAAUGUCAAAGACACCGACUUGGCCCCGUUCGAGUUUAUUAUGGUAUGCACCAAAAACAUCCCGGACAUCCCUCCUACAGUCGCCGAAAUUAUUGCUCCAGCGGUAACGCCUGGGUACACCUCCAUUGUCUUGGUCCAGAACGGGUUGAACAUCGAAAAGCCCAUCAUCGCUGCUUUUCCACAAAACAUCGUCAUCUCAGGUAUCUCUCGAAUGAGUUCUUCUGAACAGAGCCCAGGUCAGAUCUUCCACCAGGAUCAUGAUACCCUGAUAAUCGGUGCCUUCAGGAACCCCAAUCUAGCCGUGCAGGAUGAAGUUGCAGCGGCUCAAAAGUUCACUGAUCUGUACAACGCAAGCGGAAAGGCAACGGGGCAAUACAGUGAAGAUGUGGCAUAUAUGAGGUGGCGAAAGCUGGUCUAUAAUGCAUCCUUCAACUCGAUCUGCACAAUCACAGGUAUGGAUGCAACCAGCAUCAGGGUCGCCAAUUCCCCUAUUACGGAACUUCUGUUACCCGUGAUGCUGGAGAUCAAAAGCAUCGCCAGAGCAGCUGGGGUGAAGCUGGCACCCGACCAAGAGGACAUUUCUUUGGCUUCUGAAUCCAUGGACGGAUACUUUCGGCCCAGUAUGCUGCAGGAUGUUGAAAAGGGCAACUUCUUGGAAAUAGAAAUCAUCGUCGGAGAGCCGCUAAGAGAAGCGCACAGACUAGGUGUUCCGGCUCCAACGCUGACAAUCGUAUACUCGCUUCUCAAGGCCUUGCAGGCUCGUACAAAGCAGAGAAAGGGAAUGGUGACUAUGCCGGUGCGCAAAGGGGACGGCGCAGGCGAUUUGGUAGUGAAGUCCGACAGUUCAACAACCUAGAUACUUGAUGUAGUUGGAAUCUACAUUUGUCGUUUGCUUUCCAGUCAGCAGCUAGUUCCUGAGCCCAUGUUUAUUCCAGGAAAAGACGC